GAAAGCCCCUAGUGCGAACCUGCCAACGCCCGGCGCAGAGACACAAAUAGAGAGGCUACGGAUCUUGAAUGAGUAAAGAGGAUUCUAAAGCACAGCUAUGCAGACGAUCAAAUGUGUUGUGGUGGGGGAUGGAGCUGUGGGUAAAACCUGUCUGCUCAUCUCCUACACCACUAACAAAUUCCCCUCUGAAUACGUACCCACGGUGUUUGACAACUAUGCUGUAACUGUAAUGAUAGGAGGGGAGCCCUACACCCUGGGCUUGUUUGACACUGCAGGUCAGGAGGACUACGACAGGUUACGGCCUCUGAGUUAUCCCCAGACAGACGUCUUCCUUGUCUGUUUCUCCGUCGUAUCCCCCUCCUCCUUCGAAAACGUCAAAGAAAAGUGGGUACCAGAGAUCACCCAUCACUGUCCAAAGACCCCGUUCCUGUUGGUGGGGACUCAGAUAGAUCUGCGAGAUGACCCAUCCACCAUAGAAAAGCUGGCCAAGAACAAGCAGAAGCCCAUCACUCCUGAAACGGCAGAGAAACUGGCCAGAGACCUCAAGGCCGUCAAAUACGUGGAGUGCUCAGCUCUCACGCAGAAAGGCCUAAAGAAUGUGUUCGAUGAGGCGAUACUGGCUGCGCUGGAGCCUCCUGAGCCCAAGAAGAAACGCAAAUGUGUGCUGCUAUGAGUGACCCCACCCCUCACACAUGUACACACAUCCUCCCCCUUUGCCCCCCCAUCCGCUCCCUUGCUCUGCUAAGGCUGAUUGAUAGCCAUUUACUCUAAAGCAAAAUAUAGAAACAAACAUAACGAGUUUCCGAUUAGAUUGCAAUAAACCAGCGGACUGACGGAUGGAGAGACAGAAGAGAACCUAACCCAGCUUGUAACCGUGACUACCAUGGCCACACUCCCAUUUCAGUUAAAACAGUAAGUCAGAGCUUUUAGAUGUGUUUCAGAGACAGCCCAGUCCUGUGUGAUCAGUGCAUCUCAGUAGGCUAAAGUUGCUUCCUCUCCUCAUCUUAUCUUAAUCUAAACUGAUCUCACAGUAAAGUUAGUGAAAGCAAUAUGAUGGAUGCCCGCUGGGCUUUGACUUUUAACAUUAGUGAAGAUGAAAGGGAAGGAGACAAGGAGAGGCAGUAACUAUAGACUAUUGAGAUUCAGCCCUGCACUCAAGGGAAGGCCAAGACCAUGUCCCUUUUUACUCUCCAAGGGGUUUGAACCAUGCCGGUGGUUAAAUAAAAGGGGCGACAUACAGGUGACAUAGGCUCUCAUAAAAGUGUCGUCAUCUCUCAUUGGUGAUUUAGGAAAUCAGGCUCAUUUAAACUUUGACUUUUAAAAUGUCUUUGACAGAUUGCCCUGUCAGUGAUGUCGAUUUGCUCUUAGUCACCCAGCUUCUUUGUGGCCAUUGGCCAGUUAGCAGUUCUGAUAGACCUAUGCUCCACCCCCAAAUGAAAUGGCUGCCUGAGUGACAGCUAGUCACGCUGCUGCAUUAUUAAGCCCCACCCCUCUUGAUGAGCACAUCAAGCGCCCAAUCUCGCUGCUCCACCUCCAAAACCACCUGAAGAAGUGCUGAUAGUAGCCAUUUUUCUUGUUUUCUUUGCCAUUGUCUCCCCUCCACGUGACAGAACAGAAGUCUGAAGCUUUUUAUGAUCAACCUCAAAUCUGCCCCUAUCCCCGGGGCACUUUUGUAGAUCUUAAUAAACUGGAUAGGGAAACAUUCUAUUACCAUUACUAAAUAUCUAAACUAAAGGCAUCCCGUAGCAAUGGGUCUUGAUGCAGGAAUUGGCCUUUUGAAGCAGGGAACAUAAACAGUGUUAACAAGUGGUGUGUUCUUAAUGCGUUGCUAAGGUCCAAGGGAGCGGUAGCCGAUCAUUGUCAAAACGUUAUGGUAACCAUAGAACUAGAAUUAGUAGAGCUGACAUUCCCUGAACAAAGCAACGUUCUGUAGUAGGUAUACCGGCGGCCAUAUUUUAUGUCCCAUUUGGAUUGUUAAUGAAUUGAUGCUUAUCGCAUCAGAAUUCUGUGCCACAUCAGAAUUCUGUGCCUUUCUCAGUGUUCCAUACUGUCACGCUGCAAUGGCAAUGCUAUGGUGCCGCCAUGCUAUGUCUACCUCCUCAAAAAAAAUCUGUGGUCUGAGGAAUUGUCUGUUCUAUACUUUUAAUUCUAUGGAUUUAACGUUGUGGUAAUGCAUGUAGGUAAGCCCCUGGUCUCUGAGAUGAUUGGUUAACAGAUUUAAUAAUAAUGUAAGAUGGCACACAUGUUGAUAUAGGCUCCAGAUAUUUUUACCAAAAUCUGUUUUAUUGUAUUUUUUUUUUCUGUUGUGCGGUGUUUGAUUUUAUAAAAAGGUUAUUUCCUCUCCUUUUACAUUUUAGGGGCAGGAACUCAGCUGAACUUUGACCCACCAGCUAGAAACGUUCAUUGGUGGAGUGAAUUUAAACCCUCCAAUGUCAAACCUGGAUCGUAAUUGGUUGAUUUGACUGGUGGCUCAGAGUUGGGUUGACAUCCAGCCCAAGUCAUUUAUUAUUAUUAUUAUUAUUAUUAUGAUUGUUAUUAUUAUUAUAACAAUUUGUUUUGGUGCAAAACCAAAUGCUUUGUCUGACGUCUCUGUUCUUUGUAUAUGCAUUCUUAAAAAAAAAAAAAAAAUUAAACUUAUACCUUAAUUGCCUUUA